AUGAACGAUCUUGACUUUCGAACUAUCAACGAUCCUGACUAUUAUCUUAUCGAUAAUCCUGACCUUCAUACUAGCAAUAACCCUGGUUUUCACAUUAUUGAUGACAUUGAAACUAUUUAUGAAGAAGAUCUGGAAUCCUUCGAAAAUACAAGUGUAUUGGUUUCUUCCGAUGAUGAACGUCAAGAUGAUGUUGCAAAUGAUUUAAAUGAAGAUACAACCACAUAUUUUACUAAGGAAUUGGCAUCAAAAAUUGUUUAUCAUACUUUAACUCCUAUAGAAUAUCCUGAAACAAGUCUAGAAGGUGUUGCUUAUGUGUAUAAUGUUGAGGGUUGGGAUGAACCGUUAGCUGCAUUCAAAGAUAUUCAAUAUUCAAUUGGCAAGCCUAGUGAUGAAUAUAAAGUUAUGUGUUCUUAUCUGGGUGUUGAAGUAAAAUGUGAAAUGCGAACUUGUCAAGGUUCAAAACUCUGUGAAUUUGCCGCAAAUAAAUUACAUAAUCAAACACAUCAAUGUGUCGAUAUAAAUUCUGACCUUAUGAUGCGAAUAACUCAAAAAAUUUUAUCUAAUAAUAUAGACAAUAACACAUUUGAGUAA